AUCGGUUGUAGGCGUAAGUGUAAACUUCAAGUAGCCAUGUCCACCGGUGUGUAUAACGUCGGAGAAAAAGUCCUGUGUUACCACGGGCCCCUCAUAUACGAGGCGAAGAUAAUCAAGUACGAGCACUGGGACGAGACUACGACCAAGCUUGGCUCUGUGGGCCCGCACUUCUUUGUGCAUUACAAGGGGUGGAAGCAAACAUGGGACGAGUGGGUGCAACCUAGCCGUCUCCUGAAGUACAACGAGACGAACGUUGCGCUGCAGAAAGCGUUGCAGAGCCAGGCAUCCGCCUCCCAGGGCGCAUCUUCCGCUGCGGCGGCGAAGGGCGCGACUAAGACAUCGUCCAUGAAGGACGCGACGAGGGUUGGCAGGAAGGACGGCGGGAGAGGGACGAAGCGGGGACGAGAGGAGGAUGACCACAGCAAGCGGCCGGAGAUGAAGCUGUCCGUGCCGGAGUCACUCAAGGUGCUACUCGUCGAUGACUGGGAGGCGGUGACGAAGAACAACCAGCUAGUCAGCCUUCCUCGUACGCCUAGUGUCAUACAGAUACUCGAGGAGUACAAGAACUACGUUACGAAGGAGCAGCCACCACACCUGAAAGACCCUGCGAUCCUGCUUCCGACCAUCAUAGCAGGCUUACAAACAUAUUUUGACCGUGCACUUGGGGCAAACCUGCUAUACCGAUUCGAACGACCGCAAUACGCAGAGAUUCGCAAGAAAUAUGUCACGGGCCCUACAGUCAUCGUUGGCCAAGAAAAAGAAAUGAGCUCAAUAUACGGCGCUGAACACCUUCUGCGAAUGCUUGUGAGUCUCCCGCAGAUGGUGGCGAGCUCAAGCAUGGACUCCGAGUCAGUAGGACUCGUGAGGGACUAUGCAAACGAACUUAUGGCGUACAUGGAAAAGGAGCAGUCGCGGAUAUUCAUCCCAGAAUACGAGUCCGCGAGCCUGGCGUACCAGAACAUUUCUCGGUCGUGACGCUCGUCCUGCAGACAUGACUGGAGUGUGACAUGUCAUGACGUCACGCGGAGGACGCCAGCAGUGGGAGCCCGGGUAUAUAUAUCAGAGUCGGACGCGUCUCGCCCUGUACUUUCCUUCCUUCUCCCAGUGCAAUCAUCAUCAUGGCAUCUC